CGCCGCGAAGUGAGCGAGCGGGCGGACCCGAGAAGCUUUUGCUGCGGUGGUUACGAAGUUCAUUUAGGUCUCGGGAUGCGCGGCGGCACGCCUUAAAGGAGACGCUGGGAUUUGAGUUGACUCUGCAUGGCAUCUCUCUCUGUCAGUAUGAUGAGGUUGGGGGAGAGUCUCUCUAAGAGGCUCAACAACUUUGGCACGUUAAUCCCUUUUGAAUUUAAAACGGAGCCAUCUUACUCAAAUCCCAACUAUCUGGCAAAUGUGCUGUCGAUGGAGACCACCUUUCUCACCAGCGGCCUUCUCUUUGCUGUGCUGUUGAAAUGCUGGGUCUGGGAUUAUGCCAUUACGGUCACCUUGGCCCAUGUGCUGUUGACUUUUGCAGUGAUUAAAGAAUUUUCCCCAGUCUGGCAGUGGUGGCUGGCACUUGCCAGUAGCCUCGUCAUGAUUUGCAGCAGAGAACUUGUGACUUACCUCGCUUGCUCGGACGUUGACAGCCUUUAAGUGUAAUGGAGCCUCACAUCUGCACACAAUGCAAGACAAGCAGGUCUCCAAAUGUUGACAGCACUACCCUGCCAUGGGAAAGGGACCAUGGGUUGUAUUCAACUACUACUCCGAAGAAAUACAUUGAAAUUAAUGCACAUCAGGCCCAUUAAUUCCAAUGGGUCUACUUUGAGUAGAAGCAGCAUUGGAUACAACCCCAUAGCCUAGCGCAGCCUUUCCCAGCUAGUGGGCCACCAGAUGUUGUUGGACCACAAUUCCCAUCUUUCCUGACCAUUGGCAAUGCUGGCUGAGGCUGAUGGGAGUUGUGGUCCAACAACAUCUGGUGGCCCACUAGUUGGGAAAGGCUGGCCUAGUGGUAGAGCACAUGUUUUGCAUGCAAAAGGUCUCAGGUUUAAUUAUGGGCAUCUGUAGUUAAAACAGAGAUGGGGAACCUGUGACCCUCCAGCUGUUAUUGAACUCCAUCAGCCCCAGCCUGCAUGUCCAAUAGCCAGGGUUGAUGGGAGUUGCAGCCCACUAACUGGAGGGUCACAGCUUUUCCAUUUCAGAGUUAAAUGGAUCUCUGGUAGAUGUUUAUGUGAAAGGCCACCACUAAAGACCCUGGAGAACUGCUUCCUGUUGAAAUAAUUAUACUGGCCUACAUAGACCAAUAGUCUGACCUGGUAUAUGGCAGUUCCUUCCUACGUUUGUUUUCAAAGAGACAGGCUGACAAAGGUGGAGCAGGCAGAAAUUAGGUCUGAAGCAUAUAGCCGAUAGUUGAUUAAAUAUUUCAAAUAACAAGGUGUCUUUGAUUAAUCAGGCAGAUGGUAAUUUUGCAGUAGCUAAAGACAAGGCACUCAUUAAGAACUCACUGUAUAGUUAAGUGACAGUACAAUGAUAUAAAUGUUUAUUCAGAAGUAAGACUUUGUGUUUAAUGGGGCUUACUCUCAGGUAUGUGGGUACAGGAUGGCAGCCUAGGCUUUGAUUUAGGGUUGGCAUUGGGGAAAACAGGUUUCUUGUGCCUUUAACAGCUGUAUCGCCACUCUCAUUUUGUGUUACACCAUGCCCCCCAUGUUGUUAUGCCACACUGACAUGGCAGCUGUUUUUUUACUGUCACCCACAGUACUCUCUCUAAAUUCAAAGUGUGCCUACCAGUCCAAAAGAAUUAGCAAUCCCUGAGAGCAUGGGGUAUGCCAAUAUUGCAGAGUAAACCAGUGCUGUUGUAUCCAUUUUUCUGGGGGGUGGGUUAUAGUACUACAUGCCAGCUCUGAAGUGGAGUCCAGUGUUGUUUAUCCUAGUUUUUGUUCCUUGGAGGGAAACACAGUGAGAGAUGGGCUGUAAGCUUUAUUGUAGCAGUAGUGCCAUUAAUUAAGGGCUGGAGGGAAAAAAAGAAAUCAUAUGGAUCAUAGAAUAGUAGAGUUGGAAGGGGCCUACAAGGCCAUCGAGUCCAUGCUAGGUGUAUCUGUAGAAGUAAGCAGCAGGUCUGUCAAGAAACAAUGGAGGGGUUGACCUAGAAUAUAAAUUUUUCAGAGGCCAGGUCUACCUAGGCCUUGCUUCUGCUCAGUCACCAGAUUGAAGAGAAAUUGUUCUCUGAUGUUAGAUAUGUACUAUAUAUACAGUAUUUGAAUUAUUUGUUCUGCCUCCCCCCAAAUUCUGUGGACUCCCCUGAGAGAGAAGGGCCUUUCCUUCUGAAGUUAAAGAGUAGGCAGGUGAUGCCUAAAGUAUUCUGGACUUAAGGCAUUUAGGACUUUAAACACUUUGAAUCAAGUAAUACUUUUAAGAUUAAAGAAAUCUUCAGCUGAUUUUGCUAGGGCUGUCACCAAUUUCUCUCUGGGCUUGAAAUCUUUACAUUGUUCUCUCCAAUCUCUGUGGGACUGAUCUGUCACUUCAUCGCAAUUAGCCCAUGCACUGAUACCUUUCAUCAAAGACCAGCAUAGCAGUUUGCAUUUUAUACUUCCAUGUGUGCAUAUGUGCGCACACCCACACUGUCCUACACAGCCAAAGUCUAAUGUCUGAAAGCACCAUAUAAUCUAUUAAAGUAAUACCAUGAAAUAUCCCAGAGGCUGACACAGCAACACUACCUGACUGAACAGCUUCAAGGAUGCCAUAUCCUGUUACUAAGCUCCAGCAAAAAUCUCAUCACUGAUCAGAGCUAGAGAACUUUAUUGGAAAUGAAAAUCACUGGCAUUUCAACGGCCAUUACACGGUUCUGCAAGAACAGGUUUGCAAUCAAAUACUAUUUGCCUUUAUUUCAGUUACAACCAUCUUGCUAUAAAUAACCAAUUCAAAAACCAUCUUUUCUAUGCAUUAUAUAUACAGAUUAGGAACAGGACAACUCUUCAGGACCACAGGCUACAUCUGCCAUGUCAAGGCUCAGACAAUGUAGCCCUGAAACUCAACUGCAAACUGGCUACUCCAGGGGAACAGCCUUAGUGGACGAGACACAACCCCUUAUGUUGCCUGCCUCUAACAGACCAAUAAUUGAACUAGGAGGCACAAGAUACUAUUAAGAGGUCUAGUAGUUAAGCCUCACCUUCCCUGAAGUCCUGACCAGAUCAGCCUUCCUACAUAACAUUUUAUGGCACUCAUUUCUUGGCACUCUAUGGCACAAUCUCUUACGUGUCUAAAUUUGAAUGAUGGGUGCAUGUUACAACUUCUUAAAAUAGAUGUGUGUUUGAUGAAGACACAGGAAUGGCUUAGAUGUAACAAUAUUUUGGAGGUGGUAAUGUAAAGUUGGCUGCAUCCUUGCAACACUUGUAGAUACAAGAGUGACCAGGCAGAGCAGGAAGUGGAGAACAAAAGAAAAAAGAAGGUUCUGUAGGAAGCUGCCAUAGAUUUUGCUGUUAAUGGCUCAAAAGCUAUUUUCUGUCUAAAGUGGGGAAAAUACCUUCUAGUUACAUAGUAGUGAUUCGGUCUAGAAAAUGCAAUCUAUCCACAUAAUCAGGUUUCUGUAUAUACUGUAGAUUAACUGUGCUUAACUGCAGCCAGCAAAAGUAUGCUAUAGGAAGAAAGAAAGUGACCCAUCGCCAGGCAACUAGUGAGACAUGUGCACACCAAACACAGUUCUACAACCAUCUUGCGUCUGAUCACAAGCUUUGGCAGUAAGUACUCUGAAUGCAAACACACAGCAGCUUGCGUGCACCUACUUCACUGAAAACCUGAAUCAGGGUACAGAACUGCUGAGAGCAGGAUUGCCUAGCUUAUUCUGCACCCAUCUUUUGCUUGUGUUUCUUGGUUGUAUCGAAACAAGAGCAUUAAUCUUCCAUCACAUUAUGGCUGGACAGUGAUAAAGUCUUGGCUAUUUCCUUCCCACAAUUCUGCCUCUCCCGAGUUAUAGACAUGGAACCAUGAAAAAGUUCAAUUCUCUAGUCCUGGAAGCACUCAGGCCAGCUGGUCCUGAACUCCUAUCUGAACCACCUGUAUACAAUUUCCCAUUGGACUGGUUUCACAUGAGGAGGAUCUGUUUAGUUGAUACAUAGGGUUUCAUAGAGGCUUCCAAAGCAGCUUGGUAGUCUACCAAUGGGACCUCUUGACAGGCUGGAGCUGUGAGUUGACCCUUACGAAUGAGACUGCACAGAUCUGCAAUCAUUCCUCUCAGUUCCUUCUUGUCUGUAUAUGGGAAACAAAAGCGGAGAGUACAUAGUAAGUAUUCUCAGAAACAAACAAGUUUAGAUUAAAAAGGUCCUAGCAUGAGAAUGAAAAUUCAAUGAUGCUAACAAUUCUACUGCUACUAAUAAACAGAUUUCAGUUGUAUAGAAGUGGACAAGUCAACAGUGAAACAAGCAACAUGCAAACAUUCAGUGCAGAGGUAUUAUUUAUUAGUCACAUUUUUCACUCAAGUGCCUCAAAGCAACCUACAUGGUAAAACAAAACAAAGACAUUAAAAUCAGAUAAAAACAGCAACAAAAAUACUCACCUGACAAUAUAUUUAGUCCUAUAUACCCCACUUAAAAGAUGAGCACAACAAAGGCCACUGACGUAUCUAACUUACCCUCCCAAUUAAAAACCACAACUCUGGGUUAAUGAAAAUAUUUCUGCCUGGCACCUAAAAUAGACAGCGAUGGUGGCAGGCAUGCUUCCCUGGGGACAGCAUUCCCCAAAUGGGGAGCCACCACUUUAAAAGGUCCUUUCUUGUGUUGCCACCCUCCCUUGGCGAGGGCACACGUAGAAGAGGGAAUUCCAACCCAAUUUGGGAUGCCUCUUUUUUGCACUGGGUAGGGCAAGGGUGGUUGGCUUGUUUUAAACUAGAACUUGGUGUUCACUGAGUCAGGUGCAUAGUAGUGGCUUGUGAGGUGCCACUGGUGGCUAAAGGGGCAGAGCCAAUCUCCAUAAGAUGCCAAAUGGUGGCUCAUAGGCAGAGCGAAUUAUCUACAACUUUUUUUUUUUUUUAAACAAAAAAAAACUUGUGGACAAGGAUAAUGCAUUAUAAGCAUUGAUUGCAAUAAUUCAUUGGAUACUGUAUUAUAUUCAAUUCAUAUUGAGAGCCAGUUUUAUAGCCAUUGAAAAAGACACUGUGUGUCGAAACGCGUCUGGCUGGACCAUCUUGAAAUGGCUAGACCUUCUUGAAAAUAUCCUUACAGCAUAAGAAUUUGAUUAAUUAUUUCUGUUCCACACAAGAAGACAAUAUUCAUAUUUAUAUAUUGUUCUUGUUAUAUACUUUUGUAAAAAGUUUUUUCAUGAUUUCAGCAAUAUUCUGUUAUAUUGAUAUAUUUUUGCUUUAUUUUAUUCUAUAAUAAAUACUUUCAGAAUUCUCCCCAUCACUUGCUAUCCAAUUCUUUCGACUGGCGAUGCUAGGGAUUGAACCGGACUAACCCUCACCUUCUGCAAUGCAAAGCACAUGCCCUGCUGCCAAGCUAAGGAACCAUACCUCAACCAAGCUCUUUUCUCCCUAACUCAGUUUCACCACUGCACAGUAUUUUCACUUACUCUGGGCAUAGUCUCUUUUCCACUGGGUCAUCCAAAAGCCGCGAAGUUUCACAUCCUUAAAGAUCAGUGCACUCUGUAGAAAUAAGCAGUGGAAUUAACAAUUUGUGAAAGUCUUGCAGUACGUUUUCUUUUGGAACAUAUUUCAGAUCAGAACAUGGACUGACAGUAGAAUGGUUCUGCCCUAGAGAUGCUAAGAAUGUGGUGCUCUGCAGAGGAAAAAGAUAGCUCAUUGCAAGAACCUUGGACAAACACAAUAGGAGGAAGCUAUUGCUCCCAGUCAAAAGGAAAAAUGCACAAGAAAAAAUGAAGUAGAAUGCAGAAAUCUCAUGGCUACUCACCACAGGGACUGUCACGGGCUGCUUUGACAUCCCCCCAUAGGUAACCAUGGUCCCUUUGUGCCUAUAGGAAGAGUCAGCAAUGAGAUUAGAAGGUUAAAUGACCAGGUGUUCCCAUUUCCAGACAGCAAGCAUAUUGUCUUAGUUCAGACCUCUGGUCCACUCUCUUGGGCCAACUUUCUUCAUUUCCUUUUUAGCUAAUGUCACCAGGCUUAAUUUGUAAUAGUUCACCCAAUAGUUCACUGCAAACAGUAUUGCACAAACACUAGGAUGCUGCUUUUUGUGAGAGUUCAUAGUGUCUAAAUUUAGAGCAAGCAAAAUCCUGGCAAGCUGGGCUAGGGCAGAAAAGUGCAUAGGGCUCCUUUUAAGAACAUACGAGCCACUGGUUUAGGCCAAUGGCCCAUCUAAUACAGCAUCCUGUUCUCACAAUGGUCAACCAAAUACCUGUGGGAAGCCCACAAGCAGAACGAGUGCAACUGCACCCUCCACCUGCGAAUUCCAGCAACUGAGAUUCAGAAGCCAACCUGACUAUUGUUUAAAGUCUGUCUGAGAUAAUUCUGUCCCUUUUCAGAAAGAAAGCCUGCAGGUUUGUGGCCCUGGUCAAUGAUCUGCCUUUAAGCAGUAGGG